GAGCCGGGCGCGCCCGCCACGCAAAACCACCGUGCUCGGUCCCCAAGCGGCGGUGGCAACGCUGACAGCAGCCCGUGCGCUGGGUUCCCGCGGCGCCGAGCAUCAGCAUCCCGCAUCCGCCACGCUCCGGGAGUCCCCGCUAGAGCCAAUGCCCACCAUGGGGAAGCCCACGAGCUCGGGAUUCGACUGGCGCCGCUUCCUGCGGAAUCACUGGCUGCUGCUCUCCACCGUGGCCGCCGUGCUGCUAGGCAUUGCCAUAGGAGUCUUGGUUCGUGGACACAGUGAGCUCUCAAAUCUGGAUAAAUUCUACUUUGCUUUUCCUGGAGAAAUUCUAAUGAGGAUGCUGAAGCUUGUCAUUUUGCCAUUAAUUAUAUCCAGCAUGAUCACAGGUGUCGCUGCACUGGAUUCCAAUGUAUCUGGAAAGAUCGGUCUGCGUGCUGUGGUGUAUUAUUUCUGCACCACCAUCAUUGCUGUGAUCCUCGGUAUUGUGCUGGUCGUGAGCAUCAAACCUGGUGUCACUCAGAAAGUGAGUGAAAUCAACAGGACAGGCAAAACCCCUGAAGUGAGCACAGUGGACGCCAUGUUGGACCUGAUCAGGAACAUGUUCCCGGAGAACCUGGUCCAAGCCUGUUUUCAGCAGUACAAAACCAAGCGUGAAGAAGUGAAGCCUGUCAGUGAUCCUGGGGGGAACGCCACAGAGGUGUCUGUCACCACCGCCAUGACAACCAUGUCUAAGAACACGACAAAGGAAUACAAAAUCGUGGGCCUGUAUUCGGAUGGCAUCAAUGUCCUGGGCUUGAUCAUCUUUUGCCUUGUCUUCGGACUUGUCAUUGGAAAGAUGGGAGAAAAGGGACAGAUUCUGGUGGACUUCUUCAAUGCGUUGAGUGACGCAACCAUGAAAAUCGUUCAGAUCAUCAUGUGUUACAUGCCCAUUGGCAUUUUGUUCCUAAUUGCUGGGAAGAUCAUAGAAGUUGAAGACUGGGAAAUAUUCCGCAAGUUGGGCCUUUACAUGGCCACGGUCCUGAGUGGGCUUGCAAUCCACUCCACUGUAGUACUGCCACUGAUCUAUUUCAUCAUUGUGCGCAAGAAUCCUUUCCGAUUUGCCUUGGGCAUGGCGCAGGCUCUCCUGACAGCUCUCAUGAUAUCUUCCAGUUCAGCAACUCUACCAGUCACGUUCCGCUGUGCAGAAGAAAAGAACCAGGUGGACAAGAGGAUCACAAGAUUCGUGCUGCCGGUCGGUGCCACCAUCAACAUGGAUGGCACCGCACUCUACGAGGCUGUGGCAGCCGUGUUUAUUGCGCAGCUGAAUGACUUGGACUUGAGCAUCGGGCAGAUCAUCACCAUCAGUAUCACAGCCACAGCUGCUAGCAUUGGAGCUGCCGGUGUGCCCCAGGCUGGCCUGGUGACCAUGGUGAUCGUGCUGAGUGCUGUAGGCCUGCCUGCUGAGGAUGUCACCCUCAUCAUCGCCGUGGACUGGCUCCUGGACCGGUUCAGGACCAUGGUGAAUGUCCUGGGUGACGCAUUUGGGACUGGCAUCGUGGAGAAACUCUCAAAGAAGGAGUUGGAGCAGAUGGAUGUUUCAUCUGAAGUCAACAUCGUGAACCCCUUUGCCUUGGAACCCACAAUCCUUGACAAUGAAGACUCCGAUACCAAGAAGUCCUAUGUCAAUGGCGGAUUUGCAGUGGACAAAUCUGAUACCAUCUCAUUUACCCAGACCUCACAGUUCUAGAGGCCUAGCUCCCGAUGACUGGGAUGAGAACGGACAUCUCCACGGGAGCCAUCUCUUAGCAAACUCCAACAUUAAGGAAUGAGAGAAACACUAAGAGUCAACUGUACAUUUAGUUUGAUAAACAGACCUCCAGAUUAUUUUCUAUAUUUGGCUUUAUAGCCUUUGUUCUCUGGGUUUGGGAAUUGGGGGUGGGGUAGAAUGAAAGAAAAUUAAGAAAGUUGUGUUAUCUGGAUUUUCUAAUUCUAUAAAACAAAGUGUGGAAGCAUAAGAAGUAGUUAACUGUAGGAAUUAGGGAAUGGAUAUGGAAGAGAAAUUGCUUUCUUGUGCAUAGACCAGUGUUUUUAAACAAUAUUAUUAUUAUUGGCUACAAAUUUUUACUCAGGCUUUCUAUUGGCAUGACUUCCUUUGCCUUCUCACUUUUUAUAGAUUAUGAUGCAUCUCAACAGCCCUCCCUACCCGGUUAAAGUGCCAAAUUCUCCAUUUGACCUCAUCUUCAGUCACUCUCAAACUACUCUAACAGAAAAGAAAAGGAUCAGCAUAAUUCUGCAAUAAUAGUUUAAGAUAGUUGUGGGGUUUAGGGGAAGGGAGAGGGUUUUUUAUUCAAUGUACUGUAUUGGGAUGCUGGUAGCUGUUUAGCCAGUGUUCGGUAUAGAACUAUAUGUAUAUGUGUGUAUAUUUAUUAUUUUCAUAUAAUUUGCAAGACAAAGAUCAGUAAUGAACUAUCAAUGUGAAAUAAGACACUCUCCUUGUACUUGAAUCAAAACUGCAAUUCCAAGCCGGGUGGUAGUGGCGCACAUCUUUAAUCCCAGCACUCAGGAGGCAGAGGCAGGCAGAUCUCUAUGAGUUCAAGGCCAGCCUGGUCUACAAAGUGAGUGCCAAGACUGUUAUACAGUGAAAACCUGUCUCAAAAAACCAACCAACUAACCAAACAAACAAAUCCUGCAAUUCCAGCUAAGGUAUACUUUGGAGCUCACCAGAACAUUGUCAGGGAGCUCUGGGAAAAGACAUCAAGUUGCUUGGUUACUGUGUUUCACCCCUAAAACAGAAAUGUAUUAUGGUGGAACUCUAUGGUGGCACAGCCAAUCAUUUCCAACUCCUGGGCUCAAGCUCCCUCCAGGGAGGAGUCCCUGUGAACACUGAGUAAAUGCAUUUGCAAAGGCAGCUCUCCCAAAGGCUGGAUGUGCUCAGAUCCAAACAGAAGGCUUCAAGGCUUCGCUCUUCAAGGAAACUCAGGCCCACUUCACAAGGCUGCCCCUUCACUGCUCUUGGUCCCCUCUGCCCACGAGGGCAGAAACAAUAGUGGCAAGCCAUCACCCAAGCUGUGCUU